GACUGGAGAGUUUACAACUUGGAGAAGUAGGAAUUCUCUCCGUAGUUCUGCUUCUCUAGAAUGCUUGCCAAAUGGGUUGGACGGGCUAAUGGAAUGAUGCCCUCAGCCCAGAUCUGGACUCUCAGCUAAGGAAGAAUCAGAAAUUGGUGAAAGAAGGUCUAAAUGCUAAUGCCAUAUUGAACAGAACAGAAUCUCUUCAUCGAUUGAUAGAGGCUCUGUUCCCAAGUUAGGUAGACUCUCUGGGUCACUGGCACAGCAACCAGCUCCUCCGCGUGGCACCAAAAAGACAGACCUUGUGGAGAAACCUCAAUAAAGCAUUUCUAGGAUAUUCCGGAUCAACUAUAGCCUUUUCACCUACGGUUCAGUCUCCUGAGGCUGUCCGAAGCACUAAAAGAGUUGUCCUCUGCUCCAUAGAAGACAGUGCUGAUCCAGAAGGCUGCUGAAGACCGAUAAUUGGGUCAACCUUCGGUAUUUUGAGGACAUCCCAAGUCGCCAUACGAGAAGCCAUAGAUCAGUGAGCCAGCCGCUAAUGAGAACAGGCGUCUGACAUCUCUGCUUUGUCCACGGCCUCCUAGACCUGCAUUGUCCCUAAAUUGUUUCAGGUAUCCUUGGGUUCUCAGUUUCAGCCCCUAGCCCUGAUGCUCGAUACCCUCCUUCAAGAAAAGACUUUUGGCUAGCUUUGACUAACCUUAUAUGUGCCUUGUGGAUUACUUCUGUUCUCUCUGCUCCAGGUAAACACACUACCUGAUCCAAAAACAAAAGCAAGGAAAAUUUGGAGGGGGGAAAAACAUGGAAAAGGACGCUUUAACUCAUGUGGAGGCUCCGGUGACCCAGGCAAGCGACACGGACCCGGGCACAGCAGCAGGACCGGCAACAGCCCUACCUGAUGUUCAAACUCCACUUGAGGGUGCGAGUAGUGAGGUGAAUGUGGGGCAGGAAAGCCCGGGGCCAGGAGAGAAUGAGGAGAUGGAAAAUAUGUCUGUUCUUAUUUCAAAUCUGAGUGCCAAGGCCGAUGGCCAAUGCCCAGAGGCGAGUCCGGUUGAUGCUACAGUGCAGGGGCCUAACACCUUGGGAAAUGCAGGGAGGAAAGGCAGCCGGAAAGGGAGGAAUAGAAAGCAAACUAAGAUUGUGUAUCUCCCCUGGCCUCUGACACUCCAGACUCGGGCAUCUUCGGCAGCCCCGGUUCUGCGCCGGCCUCAUGUCCUGGGGACUUUGGCAUCAGCUGUUCCCAGAGGCAGCGAGGUAGGUGAAGGCAGGGGGCAAGGGGAGGAUGAGGGGAGUGAGAACACAUCGACUCUCGCUGAGCCUCAGGAGGAACUUGCUGAUGCCAAAUGGUCAGCAGCAAGUGCAGUCCAGCCCUCUCUUGUGGCACCUCUGGCGGCAGACGAGGGGUUAAACCCAAGGCAGAAAAAGAGCCGGAAAGGGAGAAAUAAAAAGAACAAGAAGAUCAUGGCUAGCCCUUGGCCUCUGACAGUACACGCUUGGGCAUCGUACACAAACUUAGCUCAGGCACAUUCAGCUUUGGCAAGGGAUGAAUCACUCGCUGAAGAGGGAGUUGAUGGGGGUCAUCCAAGCCAGGGUCCGGAAGGUGAGGCAGGUAAAGUGUCAGCUAAGACUCCUCACCAGAGUACACUGGAGGAGGCCCCAGACUCAGCUCAGGAUCUGGAGCAGGGCUCAUGGGAGAAGAGGGAGUCCCUCUCUGCGGACAGCAUGGGAAAUAGAAGGACGGGCAGACGUGCGGACAGCAAGAGAAAGGAGAAGGGUGUCUUGGCUUGUCCUUGGCCUCUGACAGUACAAGCCUGGGCCUCGUUCAGAGCAGCAGAUGAGGUUCAGACUCAUCUCAAGGGCCAGUAUUCUGCUGCAAGUAGGCGGGUGGAUGUGGGGCAGAAAAAGCAGAUUCAGCCGGAGACUGGUGAGGAGGAAAUAAAGUCCACUCUUCGUGUGAGCAAGGCAGAGCAAGCUCUGGAACCCAGGCAGGGUCGGAGAAGCACUGAGAGAUGCCAGGGGGAUCAGGACUUCUGGGAAUGCACAGUGAGGAAUUUUGCUAGGCAAGCCGACCGUUGCUAUUGUGGGGAGCGCUGCUCAAAAGAGCAGAGGGAGGCUUUGACCUUGACCAAAGCCCACACCCACAUCAGUACUUCAGUGAUGGGGAUGCCGGGACCAGAGAGGGAGAGGGCUGAAACUCAGACAGUCUGGAUGAGCAAAUGGGGAGGUUUUUGAGACACAGAGGAGAAAAGAAAGGGACCUAAGGGACCUAAAGAUCACUUUGGGUCCUGGAAGGACCACCGUCUACAUCUGUUGGGAGAAAGCUGUUUAAAAUGCUAUAUCAAGGCUCACUACCCAGCUGGUAAAUUUUUCCAUAGCAUGGUAAUAUCUCAAUUAUUCUCUGGAUGGGCAAUUUCUCUCUGAAAUAAGUUUUAGGUUGCUAGAGAACCGGCAUAACUUCAGGGAAGCAGAAAUGUUUUUUCUCUAUCUUCUUUCCCACAACAUUCUCAACAUUGCUGGGAGAGGUGUUUCCUAUGGUUGAUAAGCAGUGUUAGAGUUUAGAGGGUAAGCCAAUGACAGAAUGUGUUUUGGAUCCCAAGGAUACUUCUCUUGCAUAGAAGGUAGUAUUGAAUAUUGCAUAUUAGAUUGUAAACUGACUUGAUGAUUGCAUUUAGUUCUAAGACCGGCCAUUUUACCAUUGGUAAGAGCACAGGCUAAGAGGGCAGAUCCCAAAGCCUGGGAUCGAAGCCUGGCUUUGCCACUGGUUACCCGUGUUCCUCUCAGCAAGUCACUCUUUCCUUCUGAGCCCCAGUCUAUCCCUUGGGAUAAUAAUAGCAGGGGCUUUGUAGAUUGAAUGAUUAAAUGAUUUAGGACAUGCGAAGCACUUAGACUAGUACAUGACCUAUGAUAAGCCCUCAGACACUAAUCACCUAGGAUUGAUUUAACUUUCAGUACUAAAUGUCAUGCAACGGUCUGGCACUGUGGUAUUAUGCAUUUUGAAAGUUAUACUAAUGUCAGUGCGUGUGGGAGGCAGAAGACGAUGCCUCUAUUUGCAAUGAGGGUAACAGAGCCUUAAAGCCAUGGGGCAAAACGCUCCUUAAGAGGGAAAAGCAGACAAGAAAACGGCAGCUACCAUUCUGAGGUGUGCGAUGACGACCGCGGCAGGACAGUGUGCAACAAGACAGGCCAGCUGAGAACACGCUCCUGCUUUAAUCGUCGUCACCGCGGGAUGGUGGGAGCCUGCACGGGCGAUGCUUUCCGGCCUCCUAAUUCCUUUCUGUAACAUCCAACUGCCUACAUCACCAUGUCGUCAGCAAAUAAUCAAA